AUCUUUCUCACGGGGAGGCUCAGCAGCGCAGUUCCCGCCUUAGCCGCCUGCAGCGGAAAGCUGGAGCAGCACACAGAACGGCGUGGUGUCAUCUACAGCCCGGCCUGGCCCCUCAAUUACCCGCCGGGCACCAACUGCAGCUGGUACAUCCAGGGCGACCGUGGGGACAUGAUCACCAUCAGCUUCCGCAACUUUGACGUGGAGGAGUCUCAUCAGUGCUCCUUGGACUGGCUCCUGCUGGGCCCAGCGGCCCCGCCCCGCCAGGAGGCCUUCCGGCUGUGUGGCUCUGCCAUCCCGCCCGCCUUCAUCUCUGCCCGCGACCACGUCUGGAUCUUCUUCCACUCAGACGCCUCCAGCUCGGGCCAGGCCCAGGGCUUCCGUCUCUCCUACAUUCGAGGGAAGCUGGGCCAGGUAUCCUGCCAGGCGGACGAGUUCCGCUGUGACAAUGGCAAGUGCCUGCCGGGACCAUGGCAGUGCAACACUGUGGACGAGUGUGGGGAUGGCUCGGAUGAGGGCAACUGCUCUGCACCCGCCUCCGAGCCCCCAGGCAGCCUGUGCCCCGGGGGCACUUUCCCAUGCAGCGGGGCACGCUCCACGCGCUGCCUGCCGGUGGAGCGGCGCUGUGACGGCACACAGGACUGCGGUGACGGCUCCGAUGAGGCCGGCUGCCCUGACCUGGCGUGUGGCCGGCGGCUGGGCAGCUUCUAUGGCUCCUUCGCCUCCCCAGACCUGUUUGGUGCAGCCCGCGGGCCCUCGGACCUUCACUGCACGUGGCUGGUGGACACACAGGACCCGCGGCGCGUGCUGCUGCAGCUGGAGCUGCGGCUGGGCUAUGACGACUAUGUGCAGGUGUACGAGGGCCUGGGCGAGCGCGGGGACCGCCUGCUGCAGACACUUUCCUACCGCAGCAACCACCGGCCUGUGAGCCUCGAGGCCGCCCAGGGCCGCCUCACCGUGGCCUACCAUGCCCGUGCCCGCAGUGCUGGCCAUGGCUUCAACGCCACCUACCAGGUGAAGGGCUAUUGCCUCCCUUGGGAGCAGCCAUGUGGGAGUAGCAGCGAGGGGGACGGGGGCGACACGGGUGACCAGGGGUGCUUCUCAGAGCCACAGCGCUGCGAUGGCUGGUGGCACUGCGCCAGCGGCCGAGAUGAGCAGGGCUGCCCGGCCUGCCCGCCCGACCAGUACCCCUGCGAGGGGGGCAGCGGCCUGUGCUAUGCGCCUGCCGACCGCUGCAACAACCAGAAAAGCUGCCCUGAUGGCGCCGACGAGAAGAACUGCUUCUCCUGCCAGCCCGGCACUUUCCACUGUGGCACCAACCUGUGCAUCUUUGAGACGUGGCGCUGUGACGGCCAGGAGGACUGCCAGGAUGGCAGCGACGAGCAUGGCUGCCUGGCUGCGGUGCCCCGCAAGGUCAUCACCGCUGCCCUCAUCGGCAGCCUGGUGUGUGGCCUGCUGCUUGUCAUCGCCCUGGGCUGUGCCUUCAAGCUCUACUCCCUGCGCACGCAGGAGUACAGGGCCUUCGAGACCCAGAUGACGCGCCUGGAGGCUGAGUUUGUGCGGAGGGAGGCACCCCCGUCCUACGGUCAGCUCAUUGCACAGGGCCUCAUCCCACCCGUGGAGGACUUUCCUGUCUACAGCGCGUCCCAGGCCUCGGUGCUACAGAACCUUCGCACAGCCAUGCGGCGACAGAUGCGCAGGCAUGCCUCCCGCCGGGGGCCCUCCCGCCGCCGCCUCGGUCGCCUCUGGAACCGGCUCUUUCACCGGCCGCGGGCACCUCGAGGCCAGAUCCCACUGCUAACUGCCGCGCGCACCUCACAGACGGUGCUGGGUGAUGGGCUCCUCCAGCCUGCACCAGGGGGCAUCCCGGAACUCCCGGCCCCCCUUACAGACAUAGGCAGCCCCAUGGAGGCUGGGGACAGGCCUCCCAGUGUCCUCAGCCAUGCACCAGAUGUGGGAUCUUCAGUGCCACCCCUGCCUUCUGGCCUGCGAGACCCAGAGUGCAGGCCCCUGGACAAGGACCAAAAGGCCAGCAGGGACACGCUUGUGGACAGCCCAGCUCCUGCAGACCUGCCUCGGGAGCCCUGCUCAGUCCACGCCCCCCAGCCCCAGGCCCCCACUGCCAGCAGCAACCUAGGCGCCCACUCGCCAGAGCCACUGGGGGUCUGCCCCCUGCCACCCUGCUCCCCAACGUUGGAGGCCAGUGAUGAUGAGGCCCUGCUGGUCUGCUGACCCACCGGACACACUGGUGACUGCCACAGCCCCGCUUUGUAACCAGGGAAUACACAGUCAUUUCUACCCUG